AUUUGUGAGGCUGAGCUAAGCCCAUGGGUGGAGGGUGGUGCUGGCAGCCUGUGGGGCCACUGGUUUGAGUCCCAGCUCUGGCAAGAGGCAUUGGGGCCCUGCACCAUUGGUGUCUGACCAAGCUGCCUUCUCCCUGCCCAGUGCUACCCAUUGCCGCCCACUGCCACCAGUGCCAUGAAGCUGCUGGGCUUUGCUCUGCUGCUGGUGUUGGCAGCUGCUGCCUUCAAGACCCCCCGCAUGCUCCGGGGCUUCCAGUGUCCUGAUGACGCACAUCGGUGGGACGUGGCCCUCUAUGAAGGAUUCAAGUUCAAGUGUACGGGUGUCCUGAUCCACAAGAACUGGAUCCUCACACUCGCUCACUGCAACCCUAAGGGGCAACUUUAUGCCCGCUUAGGGCAACGUAAUUUAUUGCAACCGGAUAAAAUGGGGCAGCUGAGAUUGUUGAAGAGGCGCUUUCCCUAUCCCAAGUAUAACAGUGCCACCAGGGAUAAUGACAUCAUGCUCGUCAAACUGUCCAUGGCAGCCAACGAGAGCAAAUACGUGAGGACAGUCUGUCUCCCUGAUUACCCAACCCAAUGUGCUGAACCUGAGGAGCACUGUAUACUCUCGGGCUGGGGCACCAGAUUCCUGAAGAACGGGCCCCCACCUGAUGUGCUGAUGUGCGGCAAUGUGACUGUGGUCUCCUAUGCCACCUGCCAGGCCUCCCGCCCUAAAGGCCUCACCCCCAACAUGUUAUGUGCCACCGUGACCACGGGGGGCACCGAUGCCUGUCAGGCGGACUUUGGUUCCCCCCUGGUCUGCAGUGGUGUUCUGCAGGGCUUGGCCUCCUGGGGCUUUGAGGAAUGCUCCUACUCAGACCCGCCCAAUAUCUUCGUCAAGGUCUGCAAGUACAUCAACUGGAUCCGGGAGGUCAUCGCUUCCAAUUGACUGGGGAUAGCCCCAACAUAGAUACAUCCCCCCUCCCUCUCCCCUGACCAUUUUGCUCCAUGUCUUGCUCCUGGGUGCCCAAAAUAUAGAGAUCUGCAUUUUGUUGCA